CAUGAAUCAAGUCUGUCACACUUUUGAUGUGGCUGCCAAGUCAACAGCACAGUCAUUCUGUCCUUGGAGAUUGAAGCCAUGAUCCCAAACCCUUUCCCAGGGUCAUGUGUCCCCUGGCUGCCCUCCCUGCAGGGCUCCAAACAGAGAAUGCCUGGUUUUGGCUGGCUGGUUCUUGAACUCAGUGCCUGAUAACUGGCUCACUGGUGCCCACAAUCUGCUCCUCUCCAAGAAAUGUUCUCUUGGACUGUCUAUCACCUUCCAACUAAAGAUCCCAAAGCACAUGGCCCAUUUUAUGCCUCCCAACACUCAGAAGAAUUAGCACAUCAUCACACAAACGAUCCAUGCUGGGUUCAGUCCAGGAAGGAACCAAAUUUAAAAGGAAACUGCAUGUGCACAAUUUGAGAUUUUUAAAUGGGAGCUUCUGCUAGAAGGCUUAUAGAAAAAUCCUGGCACACAUUGAGGAUGAAGUCCAAGAUCAGGAUGAUGUAGGUGGAAAGAAGAUUACUAAUAGGACAUUUAUUUCUCUUUCCCAAAUUAUUGCCUUGUCAGAAGAAAAUCUGGAAGGAGUUGAAAAGAAGAUGGAAGAAUUUCUGAAUCUUACACAACUAAAGACAUCUUUGAAAGAAGCUAUUUUACUAGAUUAUUAUACUGCAGGAUUUUGGUGGGCUAAAGAAAUGAACUUCAGUCUUAUGCAACUCUCAGGAUUCAUGGAUCUAUUAAAUUUCACCUUGGAGAACCUCAGCAGCAAACAUAUGACCUUGGGAGAUAAUUUAAAAGAACUUGAAAGAGCAUUGGCUGAAAUAGGAGAAACUGAGUCAGCAGAAAGAGGUGACCUGAAUUUAUUCAGCAUUGAGCAAGCCAAAGCAAUCAUUGAUUACUUGGUUACCAGCUUAUUUAAAAACUAUAAAGCGUAUGAAUACCUCUUCCACAGUCGUGGAGAAGAACCUGUGAUAAGUAAUGAGAAUGAGAUUGAACUUGACCAACCUGCAGUUUCUCCCUCAGCUUCAGUGAUGGAAUCUCAGGGGUCUGACAAGGGGGAUUACCUGCAAGAGUCCUGUCCAGAGGCAGCAUCUUCCGAGGUGGAUGCUGUAGCUGGAGUUGCUGCUGAAGAUGAGAAGUCUGCAGUGUGUGAAAUCCCAAAUGAAAUUAUUGGCAACCUUGAGGCAGCCAUAAAUGAAAAGCUGCAAAUGCAGGAAGAAGCUUAGACUUGGAGAACAGAAAAACAAGUCCUAAAUAGCCAGAUAAGAAAGAUGGUGCUGGGUUUUUCAGGAAUUGGGCAGUAGGGGAUGGUACUCACAAAGGCUGGCUUGCUAUUGCUACCUGAACCAAAUUAUUUCUGUGUAGAGGAAAAUGGUUAACAUUUCAUUAACAGUAUUGGAAAGAUUUUCAUCCCAGUAGUAUUUCAUCCCAGUCCCUCAAAUUUACGGUGUUCUGCCAGUGAUGUUGUUUAGUUUAGACUUCAGUUGAUUAUAAACAGAAGGACACAUAAUUAAAACAUGUUGAAGUUCAGUUUAUUUCUGAAUACAAAUUCUAACUUUGUGAAAAAAAGCUGCAGUUUCAUUCUUCCAAUUGUGAAAUACUUAACAGUUUCUGCUUUACACCUAGGGUUUUUUUCAGGAAAUGUUGCUUGCUACAAGGAAAAUACAUAGAGAGAAAAUAUCAUUUUGAGGCACUGCAGAUAUAAUUAGGAGAGAAUUUAAUUAACAUGUAAUUACGCACCUUGCACUGUAGCUAUUCAUUAAUAAGAUGUAUGUUAUUUUGUUUUAAUUUUCUUUCUAAGCUUUAAAACAAAUUUAAUAGCUUACACUUCGUUCUUUCCACCAUAUUAAAAUUGCAUAAAUGAAGAGUUUGCACUUCAAUAUUCCCAAUAAGAGUUCCUUUAGAUUUCAGUAGAAUUUUUUCUGGAAUGCACGUAUCCUUUCAUCUGAGAAUGUUUCCAUAUUUUGUCAGACAUUAUAAAAAUGUUUCAUACUCAAAAGGAAUCCAACCAAAUAAAUGACCUCAGAAGAACCAGUUGAACUUCUAUGUUUCAAACUUGCGGCCUGUAUUAAUUGUGCCACAGAAC